AUGAGCAAAGCUUACCUCCCCACCUUGCCUGAGCUAAAAAAAAUUUACAGACAAGAAGUUAUCAUUGAAAUUAAUGGUGGCAGACAUGUCCAAGGAAUCUUGUGGGGAUUUGACCCCUUUAUGAAUCUUGUGAUAGAUGAAUGUGUGGAGAUGGCAGCUAGUGGGCAACAGAAUAAUACUGGAAUGAUGGUAACAUGA